CGCCGUCGCCUGCUGCGCAAGCAGAGCUCUUCCCCCAGUUUGACGCGCUCUUCACGCGCCCAAAAAGCUAGAAUGGCAUAUUCUGAAGCUUCUGCCCCACGCUUCCACAAAUUCAGCCUCCAUAGCUCAGACGACCAUCUACCGCUGUCUCCGCCACCAACCGAUCUUCUCGCGCAACACGAGAACCUUUCUGCAAAUAACUCAACUCACCUGAACGGCUCUACAGAGCAGUUUUGGGGUGAUUCUGCCGAGAUGCCUCAACAGUACGACUCGAGCAUUUUUAACCAAUCUCCAGCCAUUUCUAUGCCCUCGCCCUCGGUGGGUGCAUUGGCUAGACACCAACACAGAUAUAUGAGCCAGCCAAAUAGCACUACAUUGACCUCCAGUCCUCCCUCGGCCGACGAAAUUUUCUCGUCUCCGCACUCUUCGGGUUCCCAGUCCUUGUCCUCGUGGUAUUCUGAUUCACUUGCACCAUCCGCUUUCUCCUUCACUCCCGACCUUAAUCAGGAUGCGCAGCAGUGGUGGUCGCCUAUGGCGUCGCGACUCGCGCCGCAGCAGCAAUCCUCAUACCAACCGAUGCUGGAAGCGCCAACUCCUCAAAGACCCAUCCCGAACCACGACCAGCAUAAUGACAUGCUGCAAGGAGGACUUAUGAUCCAGUUCGAUCCCUCGUUCGACAUGUCUGCACCAGCAGAACCAUCUUUUCCUUCAUCGACCAUGUCUUCCUCGGCGCCUGCUACGGCUCAGGAAAGCCAAACCUACCACCCCGUCUCCAGCACACACAUGAAUCCUUCAUUCGCCGCUACCCCUCAAAUCCAGCACCACACCCGGUCACCUUCUCUAUCCCCGAGGAACAAGGGUGCUGCUGCAUCACCCAAGAGCGGCCCAGCAACAGUAACAGCAACACCACGAACAGGGACCGCCAUGAAAACACCACACCGCCGCAGCUAUGAGCGCAAGAUGUCCGCUCCCUCGAACACGCCUAAACCCGCCAAGGCACACAGCCCGAGGGGCUCCAACAAGUCCGUAUCCGUGUCUUUUGUCAACUUCACCCCGAGUGACGGCGAUAGGAUCUUGACGGGGGUUGCUCCCAGUGGUAGCUCCAAGACAAAGGCGAGACGUGAGCAGGAAGCGCGCGAGCGCCGGCGCAAACUGGGUGAGGCUGCGUUGAAGGCUGUGAGAAAUGCAGGAGGCGACAUUGAUGCUUUGGAAGCUGUGCUGUGCUGAGAAAUUGAUAUCCUUUUGCUUUCACUUUAUUGUCUAUUACUGACUGACUAUAUGUCACCUUGGUCAUAAAACCUCGUGUACUUUACUGUAUUUCUUAUAUUUGUUAUUUGGCAGUGGUCGUUUCGGUGUUUGUUGGUAUAAAUUGUUCUUUUUUAGCGUCUCUGGACUGGGUCUUUGGAUUUGGGUAUAGGCC